GCUCCUUCCGAUCACACUCUUCUUGUCACAGGCGCGACAGGUUAUGUCGCAGGCCAUGUUAUCCACCAAGCCUUGACCAAAGGCUACAACGUUCGAGCUUGCGUUCGAUCCGAAUCGGCCAGGGAAAAGAUUCUCUCUGCCUUUCCCAAUUAUAGCUCGCAGUUAUCUUUUGCUUCCAUCAAGGAUAUCACCAACGCGGAGUUCUUCAGAGACGCGUUUGCCGAUGAUGCUGUAACGGGUGUUAUCCAUCUUGCUUCGCCUGUCCACCUCAGUCCAGAGGAUAACAGACGUGACAUGCUCGACCCCGCGAUUAACGGUGCGAGGUCGAUCAUUGAAGCAGCCAAGAUGUUUGGUCCUUCCGUGCAGCGUGUCGUGAAUACCUCUUCCAUGGCAGCAUUGCUGGAUGUUUCGCAAGGCCUACGACCUGGUUAUACGUACACGGAGAAAGACUGGAACCCGAUGACUUAUGACGAGGCUGCUGAAGCUGAUCCUCUUUCAGUGUAUUGCGCUAGCAAAGCCCUGGCUGAAAAAAGCAUGUGGGAAUUUAUGGAAAGCGAAGACACCAAACCAGCAUUCUCAUUUGUCUCUGUCAAUCCUUCUGUGAUCUACGGUCCAGACUUUUAUCCUAUCACGAGUCUCACGGGCCUCAAACCAACCACCGCGCGUGUCUGGGCGCUGGUUGACGCUCCGGCUGUACCUCCUCCAGACUAUGCUGGGGCAGUCGACGUGAGGAAUGUCGCAGAGGCAUUACUGGCCGCUUUUGAGACGCCCAAAGCCGCCGGGCAGCGCUACCUCCUUGCGAAGCACUUUGACUGGCAGACAGCUGCAGAUGCUGCUCGUGAGGCAUUGGAAGAACCUGACAGAAGUAGGAUACCGGCAGGAUCGCCUGGUUCCAUGAGCGAUGGAGCAUGGAGAUCUGUGACUUAUGGUGUUGACGGAUCAAAAGUGGAGAGAGACUUGGGCUUUAAAUACCUACCAUUGAAGGAUACGAUGGGCGAUGCUAUCAAGCAGUUGCUAGAUGUGGAA